CAUCAAGUCCUUGACUGCAUUUUCUUCUUCCAGUUUUACUCCAUUUGGAAUUUAUCAAGCCACAAUCACUUGGCUGAAGAACUCGGUGACAGGAGUACAACCAUGCACAUUUCUCUAGAAAAAGUACAACAGCUUUGGAAUGGAUGGGAAAUUCGAUUAUUGGUUUUACUUAGUCUUCUUUUCCAAAUGAUCCUCAUCCUAUUUGGUUCUCGAAGAAAAUACAUAGUAAGAGGAUGGAUGUUAGUCCUCAUUUGGUCAUCAUAUCUAGCAGCAGAUUGGAUAGCAACUGUUGCUCUAGGCCACCUUGCCACCAGCCAAGAGGAUAUCGAAGAAAAUAAUUGUACAAAAUCAAGUUACCAACUCCAGGCAUUUUGGGCGCCAUUCCUUCUUUUACACCUUGGUGGCCCAGACACUAUCACGGCGUACUCUUUAGAAGAUAAUGAGUUGUGGCCAAGGCAUUUUCUCGGACUUCUUGUGCAAGUUGGAGUAGCGUUUUAUGUCUUGUUACGUUCGAGGAGCAAUACGGGCCUCACAUAUUUGGCUAUUCCAAUGUUUAUUUCUGGAAUCAUCAAAUAUGGAGAGCGAACUUUGGUACUUUGGUCUUCGAGUACCGAGAAAUUUAGAGAUAACUUGCUAUUAACUCAUGAUCCUAGUCCAGAUCUUGUUCAAUUGACAAAAGAAGAAGAAAUCAAUGAAGAAGUUCGGAAGGAUCCGCUGGUUGUAGCUUACUUUUUGUUCAAGAGAUUUACACAUUUAUUUGCAGGUCUACCUCUCAACGAGGAUGAAUGGAAGCUAAGCGAUAACAUCUUUGAGAAAAAGACAGCAGAAGUGGCUUUUGAUCUGGUGGCUAUUGAGCUUGGAUUCAUGUAUGAUUUUCUCUACACAAAGGCAACCAUCAUUUAUUCUCGGUUCGGAAUCGUUCUUCGUAUUACUAGUUUCCUUUCAUCUGUUUGUGCGCUAGUUUUCUUCUCAAUCAUUGUUGACGUUCAUGCUUACUCACCAAUUGACUUAUCCAUAACUUAUGUAUUGCUCUUUGGAGCUGUUGUGCUAGAGGUUUAUGCUUUUAUCCUACAUUUUUUCUCUGACUGGACAAAACUGAUCAAUUUGAUCAUGUUUAAAAAAGCAAACCAUAAUGUUUGUACAUGUCCAUCUCCAUCAGUCGUGACCAGUCGGAAGAGGUGGUCGGGAUACAUGGGACAGUUCAACCUUCUGAGUUUUUGCCUCAGAGAAAUUUCGACCAGUUAUGUCGGAAUUCAUAAGCUCCUUGCCUUCAACGAAUUGUUAGAGAAGUACCAGUAUUUGAGCUGGGCAGAAAUAGAUUUGGUUUGGCACGAAAACAUCUUCCAACAUCUUUUAAAGAAAAUGAAUGAAUUUGAAUUGCUGGGCAAAAAAGCACGUAGUAGUUUGUUGGCUAAGAAAGGUGAGUAUGUGUUUAAAAAUUGGCCAGAACUGGAGGGUCUUGCAAAUCUAGAUCUUACUCUUGGAUUCGGGGACAGCCUUAUUGCGUGGCACUUUGUUACUGAUAUCUGCUACUGUGAAGAUUUAGAUAAAGAUGAAGAUUGGAAAAUUAGCAGACGCUUAGCAGAUUACAUGCUGUAUCUUCUAGUGUUUUGUCCAUCUGUGAUGCCCGAAGAGACUGGUGAAGUGAUGUUCACAGCUACUUGUGCCAGGGCUAUGCGUUUAUUCAGGAAUAUGAACUCAAGUAGUAAAAAUCUUAAAGUUGAUGCUUGCAAGUUGCUUCGAGAAGUUCGAGAAAAGGUUAGUAGUAGUUCAUCUUCAUCAUCUCCUGAUGAUGCAUCUGUUGAUUCUGCAUCUCGUGAUGAUGCAAUUAUUAAACUUGCAAUAAUGAUUGUUGAGAAGUUGGAUGAGGUUGAAGAAAAGUGGAAGGUGAUGAGCGAAUAUUGGCUGCAAACUUUAAUAUAUGUUGCAGCUAAUUCAGAAUGGAAAGACCAUGGGCAACAACUCAAGAAUGGUGGAGAGCUACUUACUCAUGUCAAACUUCUUAUGGUACAUCUUGGCUUGAGUAAAGAUUAUCUAGAUCCUGAACCAAGCCUUCCCUAAAUUAUUUUUAUUUUUCUUGCAAAAUAUGAAUAGCAUUUAAUAGUUGUGUGACAGCUAGUCUGAAACUUA